GAUAACAAAACAUUAACCCUACUUUUAGUUUAAAAAUGUACAUGAGAAUUUUCAAGAAUUUGGAGUAUAAGCUCUUCCAUCAAAAAAUAAUUAGAAAGUAUUCCUGGAUUGCUCCUAAGGGCUUUGAUACUGAAAUAAAAGUAUAUAAUUGUGUCUCAAGACAAAAAGAACCUUUAAUUUUAAAGCGCAAAAAUGUAGUAACAUGGUACACUUGUGGCCCUACAGUUUAUGAUUCUUCACAUAUAGGACACGCCAGUUGUUUUAUAAAAUUGGACAUAAUCCAGAAGAUAUUAAGCAACUAUUUUAAGUAUAAUGUGAUUACUUGCAUGAACAUUACAGAUGUUGAUGAUAAAAUAAUAAAAAGAGCUUUUGAACUGGGAGUAAAAUGUGAUGAUUUAACGAAGAAGUACGAAAAAGAGUUAUGGUCCGAGUUAAAGUCUUUAAAAGUAGAAAAACCAACUAUAGUCUUAAGAGUUACGGAGCAGAUUCCAUACAUUAUUAGUUUCAUAGAAAAACUUAUUGAUAAUGGUCAAGCUUAUAAGGCAUCAGAUCAUUCUGUUUACUUUGAUGUAAAUACUGUCAACAAGUAUGGCAAGCUGCAGAAUAUUGGCAGCCAAGAAGAGAAUAAACCUUCUGGGGUGAAGAAACAUGUUAUGGAUUUUGCUUUAUGGAAAUCCAGGAAAGAUGAAGAUCUUUUCUGGAAAAGUCCAUGGGGUGAAGGUAGACCUGGGUGGCAUAUUGAAUGUUCUGCUUUAGCAUCAAAAAUAUUCGGAUCCAAUAUUGACAUCCAUGCCGGAGGUAUAGAUUUGAGGUUUCCACAUCAUGAGAAUGAAGAAGCUCAGUCUUGUGCAUACCACGAUACACCACAAUGGGUUAACUACUGGAUACACACAGGCCAUUUGCAACUUAGUAAUUCUGAAAAAAUGUCAAAAUCUCUUGGUAAUACAUUACUGAUCCAAGAAAUGCUGAAAACUGUGUCCCCAGAAGUGUUUAGAAUGGCAUGCACUAUGUCCCGUUACGAAUACAAUAUGGAAUAUAGUGAAAAAUUAAUAGCAACAGCUAGAAGCAAUUAUAAUAAUUUUAAGAACUGUAUACAGUCAUGUAAUGAGUUUAAAAAUGGUUUUUUAAAAGCAAGUGUUAAUAGUGAAUUAUUAAACGAACAUAUUCAUAAAUGUUCUAAUAACAUUCAUAGUGCCUUAUGUGAUGAUUUUGACACUCCAUCUGUGAUAAAACAUUUGAAUCAACUUGUUUCAACAACAAACAGUAUGUUGCAUUCUAAAUCGUUCUCUGAUGAUCAACAAGGUUUGGUAUCAAUUCUAGAGGUGCAACAUUUAAUUUCGAGUAUUUUAGAAUCUUUUGGAUUCGAUAUGAAUGGGAGUGAAGCUGUAUCUAAGGACUUUAAUGACAUUGUUGAUGUUCUAAAUGUAUUUAGGCAGGAUGUUAGAAAUUUGGCUAUAGUUGAUAAAAAUAAAGAACUAUUAGAACUAUGUGAUAAGGUUAGGGAUAAUGCUAAAAAAUGUGGUAUAACUUUUAAAGAUCGAGGGAAAGUAUCUUCCUGGAGUGUGUAAUAUAAAAAUUUUAAAAAUA